GGUUGCUGAUGGAUGUAUAUAAACAACAAGCGGCAACUCGCUUCUAGAGCAGAGAAAAAUUCGCUAUUCUUGAGAAAAUAGCACUUCUUAAUUUGAAAACUUUGAUCAAAGUUUAAAAAAUACUUUUAUGAAGAUUUAAAAAGAAAGCAUGGCAGGACAAGAUAGUGAAGAAUAUUCGGACGAGUUCGAAUCUGGAAACGAUCAAAGGGCCCUAGUAUCACCAACUACUAAGAAGAAAGGGACUAAGAAAAGACCAAAGUCAGCGUCUUCCUCUCCGUAUUCAAUAAAUUCGUCCAAAGUUGGUAGGAAAAGUGGAAGGAAAUCAGCUACUGAAAUGUACUUAAACUCUAUGCAAACAACAAGUAGAAGAAAUAAAGCUGCAAAUACAAAAAACAAAACAGCAAGUGAAUACUGGACGGAAACUUUAAGAAGGUCGGGUCAUGGAUUAUCUGGACAAACUAGAAAUGCCGGAUUUUCGAAUUUAGAUAAAGGUCUUGCCAAUGAUAUGGCUUAUGGAAGUACAAGCCAUUAUCUUAGGCAAGUUGCAGGAUUUGAAAGAUCCGCAAAUGGUAUAGAGAAAAAUUCAAAAUUAGCUUCAGGAAAGCCUGCAUAUAAGACUCCAGAAGAAUAUUACGAUGAUAUAAUAACGCUCAAAAAACAAAUUAAAAUUCUUACCGAAGAGAAUUCUGUCUACAAAUCAAGAAUGAGAAGAUUAGAAGAGGAAAAUGCAAAAAAGGAGAAAGAAAUUGAUCAAUUAUUAAAUCCGAAUAAGAAUGAUGAUAUUAGAAGAACACUGGGUGAUAGAAAACCAGAUUCUGCAGCUGUUAUUUAUAGUAUGAAACAAAAAGUAUUCAAAUUAGAGCAACAGUUGAGAGAUAGAGAAUCAGCCUUAAACAAAGUUCAAAGUGAUUUGAAAACAACGAAAAUUGAAGAAUUACAAAUUCAAGUUAAAGCUUAUUUAGACGAAAUCAAACGUCUUCAGACAGUCAAAGCCGUCCCUGUUCGAGUUACAGAUUCCCCUGUCUCGAGAAACGAUUCGAAACAGCUUUCUUGUUUAAAGAAAACUGUUCACAAAAUGAACGCCAGUAUCUUUAAAUUAAAACAGGAAAAUACUGGAUUAAAGAGAGAUUUAGAAAAAUUUCUAUCAGGAGAAACAAGCUCCAGGCGUAAAAGAGACAAAAGACGAGGAGGUGCGGAGAAUGAUGAUAUUGUUGAAGGUAAAAUUGAUUUGUCAGGAACAAUGGAACAAAGGCUAGAUACAUUGGAUAAUAGAGAAACCGAGCUACUGCAACAAAUUAAAAAACAGCAAGAAACUAUAAAGAGGCUGAGGGAUGAUGUAGCUCAUUACAAGGAUAAAUAUACUGAUAAAUUUAACGAGUGCAAAGAUUUAGCGUUUCGCUUAGAAAGUGAUAGUUCUCAGAGAAAAUCACCUGGCCGUCCAUCCAGUGCUCGUACUCCUAGGAAUCAAUCACCGAAAGUUUCCAGCAGAUCCAGCAGGCCUAUUAGUGGCAGACGCCCAAGUUCAGCUUCUAGUAGGAGAAGCGAUAGUGAAGAAGAUAGGGUGAUGAGAAUGAGGAAAAAACGAGCGGCAAGAGUAAUAGAGAACAAAUACAUUGAUUAUAGAAGAGGAAAGAAGAGAAGAGAAGCAGAAGAUGAGGUUAUUAUAGUUAUUUAAAAAUAAUUAUUAUUAGUUAAUUAGUUAAUUACCUACCAAGUUGGUUUAAGUUUCAAUUUAUAUAUCAUAAGAGCAUUUACAAAUCUAUUUUAACGGCAAUAUGUCGAUUUCAUUUAAAGAUCAAAGUCAAAAAAAAAGAACCUCUUUAAUCAUUCUAAUUCUGAAACUUUUUGGUUUUUGAGGUCUUUAAAUCGCUUUAUUCACUUUAUAUAUUUUUAAUAACCUACAUUACUUUACUAUAGUUAAAUAUCUAGUUGUUUUUUGUUAUUACUUGUAAACAUUUUGCAAUUUAUGUUAAUUUAACAACUAUCAAAAUAAUAAUAAAUAAAGAGUUUGUCAACUCUUUAGUAUGAGAGAAGAAUAGAGGAACUAACUCAGCAUAAUAGUGCAAAAAGGAUUCAAAGGAAUUGGCGUAAUCGUAAUGAUAACGAUCACGUAAGGAAUAGAAAAAAAAGAAUAUAUAAAAAAAAUGAUAAACAAAAUGGCGAAUAAAUAUACUAUAAUGCUUUUUUCUAUGCUUUGUUUUUAUAUUUAGUAUGCUUUUAUAGCUUUUUGCAUUCUAAUAACUUUUAAAGUUUCUCUACAGUUCUCUUUGCAUAUUUCCUCUUGAGAAUUUGACAGCAUCUUCUGUGUUUAGAAUAUUUAUGUUCGAAUAUUGUUUGUACUAAUUAAAUUACUUUAUAUUAGGCUGCUGAAGUACUUCAAUCGACCAUGAGGGGACACCUACUGAGAAGGCAACAGAUGAAAAAACAACAUAGAUAUAGCUAUAGCGAUGAUGAUGAUGUCGAUGAUGACGAUGAUGAUGACAGUGAUGAUGAUAGAAAUACUCCGACAAGCCAAAGGAAUCAAAGGCGUUAUAAGGAAACAUCAUCUAGACGCAGAGACGAUAGCGAUUCCUUAGAAGAAUCGACCGAAUUUUUGCAGACAACUUUCAGAGGAUACAGAAAGAAUAGAGAUCAACUAAAAUACGCAAGGUAAAAACUAUUAGAUUUAAAUAGUCAAAAUAGAGAUUUUAAUACUAAUACAAAAGAACAAUUAAUAAUUAGAGCCGAAUUGGAUUCUGAUUUCGAAAAUAACGUCGAAUUCUUACAAAGUACAUUAAAAGGCCAUUUAAAUCGAAAGAAGACAAAUAGUAAUAGGUAUUUUUGAAAAAAGUCUAAGCAUUUUUGACAUAUUAAGCUGGCUAAAAUUAGUGGAAUGAUGGUCUUGAUCUCUUUGUCCAUUUUAUAUAUUUCAUUAUUAAUUUGACUUUUGCAUGAUAUGAUCAUAUUACUUGUCUAGUCUGGCUUCCCUAAUUUCUCAAAUAUUGUAGCAUGAUUAUAGACUAACUGGAUUCAACAAUUCCAUGUAGUACUAAUUGUGUUCAGUAAAAAUGAAUUGAAUAAUUAAAUACUCAAUUAUAAUAGUUAAUUAGCUAAUUAAUUAAUUAAAAAUUUAUAAUGUUUCUUGUUUUUUUUUCAUGCUACUCUUUUCCUUAAACCGAAAAUAGAAAAAGAGAUGAUUUUGAUGAUGAGUCAGAAGAUUCCUUAGUCAGUGGAUCGAGAAACUCGAGGCCGUCAACAGCAACAACAAGAAGAUCGUUUAGAAGAUAGAAAGGCUUAACUUGGAAAUUAUUACAUUAAGAAUUAUCUUUCUCUUUAAAACAAAAAAAUCUUAUUAUCUAUUUAAAAAAAAAGGAAAAUCUAUAUACUGUACUUUCUCCAUUGUCUGUGAUAGUUUAAUCCAUAAAUUGCUCAUUUUUUACAAUGUAUUUUCUAUUAAAAGAAAUACAAUUAUGAAUUUUUUCCCUCGUUUUAUAUCUUCUUCUUGUAUACUUAAUAUUAAGUAGUUAUACACUGUAUGUAAU